AGGGAAUAACUUCAACUCUAAUCAAAAGUGACAUCUGUUGACCGGUUUGAAAUGUAAUGUUGUGAUGAUUUUGCUGCCGGUAAAUAAAUAAUGUAAUUAUGUAAAACUCAAUUUAUAACUUAAGUUGUCAAUUGUAGAUUCUUAAUCUAUAUUAGAAGAUUAAAUUGCAUAACGACUGAAAUUAUUUAUAAAUAAAAUACUGUGCAAAUUAUGUGAUUUGUUUUUGUACAAAUUAUAGAUUAGUUUAUCAUGGCAAGUUUAACAAAAAACAGACGUGCAACUUUAGAACGAAUUGAAAAAUUCAUAUCUCCUUUAUAUUUUACGGAUAUAAAUCUUUAUGGUCGACAGUAUCCUCAAAAGACUAAUCUCCCAACACUUUUGCACUUUGAUUCUAAUGGAAGAGUACCUUUUAAAGAAGCUAUGGAAAUUGGAAAUUUUGCACCCACUAAAGUUGGAGCCUCAUUCGGGCCUACUUGGACUACGCAUUGGUUUAAGGUUCGAAUUGAUAUUCCUGAGAGCUGGCUUGGGAAAGAAGUUCAUCUAAGAUGGCAAACUGGUUGUGAAAGCAUGAUUUGGACAUCUGAUGGAAUUCCACUGCAAGGUCUCAAUGGCAAAGAUAGACAAAGUUUUAUAGUUUCCAAGCAUGCAACUUUGGAAGAUUUGAGACAAACCUUUUACAUUGAAAUGGCUUGCAAUACUCUGCAAGGUGUUGGUGCACCUACAAUGAUAUCACCUCCUGAUAGGAAGAAGUACUUUACUUUAGAGUUAGCUGAUAUUGCCUGCUUUGAUAGACAGGUUUAUGAUCUUGUCAUGGAUUUUGAAAUCCUCUAUGGUAUUGCAAAGCAUUUGUCUGAGAAUUCAACUCGAAGUUAUGAUGCACUUUAUGCAGCUAAUGAAAUGAUCAAUAUGAUUCAACUGGCAGAUUAUUCACGAGAUAGUUAUGCAAGUGCCAAAGAAUUGAGUACUAAGUUUUUCUCUCAGUUCAAUGGAGAAAGCCAGCAUAAAAUAAUUGCCAUUGGAAACUGUCAUAUAGACUGUGCUUGGCUCUGGCCGUAUGAAGAAACUGUUAGGAAGUGUGCCAGGAGCUGGUCUACUACAGUUCAAUUAAUGGAAAGGUAUCCAUCAUUUAGAUUUGCUUGUUCUCAGGCUCAACAAUUUAUGUGGGUAAAAGAAAACUAUCCAGCUUUGUAUGAAAAAGUGAAAUAUUUUGUCGCCAAGGGGCAAUUUAUACCUGUUGGUGGUACUUGGGUUGAAAUGGAUGGAAAUUUACCAGGAGGGGAAUCUUUUAUUCGCCAAUUUCUGUAUGGACAAAGAUUUUUCCAGCAAGAAUUUUGUAAAAGAUGCAAGGAGUUUUGGUUGCCAGACACUUUUGGUUAUUCUGCUCAGUUACCACAAAUUAUGAAAUUAUGUGGAGUUGAAAGAUUCCUUACUACUAAACUUAGUUGGAGUUUGGUGAAUACAUUUCCUCAUGACAACUUUCUUUGGGAGGGAAUUGAUGGUUCAAGUGUAUUAGUUCACUUUCCUCCAGCCAAAUGCUAUGAAUCUACAGUUUCUGUUGAAGAUGUUGUGAAACUUAUUAAUAAUCUUCAAGACAAAGGUCGGGUGUCAUGUAGUAUGAUGUUGUAUGGACAUGGAGAUGGUGGAGGUGGACCUACUGAAGAAAUGUUAGAGAGAAUUAAAAGAUUGAAUAAUGUUGAUGGUUUGCCAUUGGUACAACAUGGCACACCAGACCAAUUUUAUUCUAUAGUUGAAGAAAAGCAUAAGAAUCAGUUAUGCAAAUGGUCAGGGGAACUUUACUUAGAGCUUCAUAAUGCUACAUACACGUCACAAGCCAAAAUGAAAUUUUUGAAUAGACAGUGUGAAAUUCUCCUUAGAGACACUGAACUUUUACAUAGUGUUUUAUUAGCAGCUUGUAGGGAUGAAGAUAAAAAGGCCUACCCAGAACUAGAAUUAGAAAGACUAUGGAAAAUUAUGCUUCUUAAUCAAUUUCAUGAUGUUUUGCCUGGUUCAUCCAUUGAAGAUGUCCAUAAGGAAGCAGCAUUUUAUUACAAAGAAGUGUUGAAAGGUGCUUCAGGGUUAAUGGAUACUGCUGUCCGUAGGUUGUUUGGUGUACCAGAAGGUAGAGGCGAAGAGGAAGAACUUGUGGUUGUGAAUGUUUUGUCGUGGCAAAGGACAGAACUUAUUAGAGUGCCUUGGUAUAAGGAUGAAAUAUCUAGACGCAUGUGGAUAGAAGGUGUCGGUAAAGCUAUGCAAAACAUCAGCAAUGAGUCUGGUGGGGGCACUCUAGUUCCUGUUGUUGUAGUUCCUAUGGGUUAUCAACUACUUCGUGGUCUCUCUGCUGUUAAAGCCCCUGUUUUUAUAGAACCUAGAAAAGAUGGCAGCUAUUUUUUGAAAAAUCAGUUCUUAGAAGCAAUUAUUAAUGCAGAAGGAUGUGUUUCUUCUCUUAUAUUAUCAGAGUGUCGCAAAGAAGCAAUUGCUGCAGGCUGUGUGGGCAAUAGAUUUGUCUUAUUUGAUGAUAUUCCUCUUUAUUGGGAUGCAUGGGAUGUAAUGGAUUAUCAUGUUGAAACUGAAAGGAAUGCCAUAAGAGAGGUUGUAGAACCCCUUAAAAUAAUUGAACAAGGUCCUUUAAGAGCUUCCCUUUCUUUUCGUGUCAAGAUUGGCAAUAAUAGUGAAAUGAAGCAAAAGAUAUCAAUUGAUGCUGUUCAUCCUUACUUGCUGUUUGAAAGCACAAUUGUUUGGGAAGAAAAUCAUAAGUUUCUAAAGGUGGAAUUUCCAGUCAAUGUGCUAUCUCCACAAGCUACUUAUGAAAUACAGUUUGGUAACUUGCAAAGGCCUACUCAUAGUAACACCUCUUGGGAUUGGGCAAAAUAUGAGGUGUGUGGUCAUAAAUGGGUUGAUGUAUCUGAGUAUGAUUGGGGAGUUUCUAUUUUAAAUAAAAGCAAGUAUGGCCAUUCAGUGAGAGGGAACAGAAUGUUUCUGUCUCUUUUACGAUCACCAAAAUGUCCUGAUCCCAAAACAGAUAUGGGCAAGCAUAUAAUCAGUUAUGCUGUCAUGCCUCAUUCAAAAACAUUUCAACAGUCUGGUGUUAUUCAACAAGCUUAUCAACUGAACUACCCUCUUCAUAUUUUCCCUACAAGUCAUUUGGCCAAGCCAGGAGCUAGUCAUUAUGUAACUAAUGCUCAUCGUGUUCUACCUCUAGAAAUGCAUGAGUCUUUAAGCUGGUUUCAAGUUAGUGAUCCAGCGAUUAUUAUCGAAGCUGUCAAAAAGGCUGAGGAUCGUGAUGACUGCUUAGUAGUUAGAAUGUAUGAAUCCUUUGGAGGGAGAGUUCAUGUCAAUUUAAAAAGUUGUCUUCCUAUCCAUAAAGCUGUAUUGUGCAAUGCUCUUGAAGAUGUGACAGAAUCAGCACAGCAAAAAGUGAAGUGGAAGGGUAACAAUUUAGAACUCACAUUUUCUCCCUUCCAAAUAAUUUCAGUUUUACUGUACAUUGAAAUCUAGUAUGUUUUUAAAAUUUUGGAGAUUUGUAUAUUUUAUUUUUUUUAUAUACUCAUGUUGAUUCAGAAAAGAUAGUAUUACUUUGUGCCAUAAGAGCAUUUAUUAUACCUAUACAAGCACCAAUUUUUCAAUUGUUAUAUCAAAGUACAGAAAAUUUUAUAUUUGUUUAAUUAGAUAUACAUUUUCUUAUUUAU